AUGUUACGAGCCGACGAUCGUUGCUGGCCAGCCUGCGUCGAAGACGACUCAACCAAUCCCAAGGGUGCCUAUCUGCUUCUACUGGGUCCUCGACGAGCACAUCUAUCGUCCGAGGCCGAUCAACCCAGUCGCUCGGAAAGUGGCUGCACCACGUUGCCAGCCGCAAUGACGACGGUCGAUGACGGUAAUGCCGGCUUUGCAAGCUACCUAGAGCUCCAACAUCAUCUCACUACUGGUCAGCCGCUAGUGUCAAAGGCAGGCUACGAUGAACCUGCAAUGUUGCCGGGCGAUAUGUCACUGGGCAACGACUGGGCUGCUGGCUAUUUGACGACAGACAGCAGUUUACUUGCGCUGCCAGAGCUAUGCCUGUCGCCUUCUACGCCAGACUCCAGCGCGCUGACUGCUUCGCGUCAGUCGAUGCCGCUCACUCCAUCGACGCCGAUGUACUCUCAUCAGGCCCAGCAACAUCCGUUCACGAGCUCUGACCAGCACAAGCCUUACUUUGCCCAACAGCUCUCGUAUGGCGAGCAAAGCUAUGCAGAUAAUUCGCUCUGGCAACGGCGGCAGUCGCAGCCUGUCGCUCCUGCUCCGUGGCCAGCGCUAAGUCAGACUAAAUCCAUACCGAGAUUAGAUCUGGCGAGCCAAGCCCAAAUACCAAUCAGGCGUGCUUCAUUUUCGCCGCUCUCAGAGCUCGCAGCUGCACUCGAUGAGGCGAGUAGACAGCAGAAUGACCCGGCUUAUUUUGCGCAGCAUACGUCCUGGCCAGUCGAACGCCCGCCCGACAGACAUAUACCGCGUCCUGUCCCACGCCGACAGUCCAUGGGCGCGCCCAUCAUUGAGACCUCGAAACACCUCAAUCUCGGCAGCUAUGCGCCCAAAUCAGCAAGUCUAGCAGAAGGCAUGCCGAUGCAAUUGCAACAGGCGCACGCACUCAGGCAAGCGAGUCGUGACAGCGGCAAGCGUGCAAACGAGGAGAUUCGAGACCCUCGCAAUCAAGCGUUGAAGCAUGCAGUCUCGGCCCCUUCUCUCUUCGAACAGUAUCAACGUAGUGCAUGGGCAGAUGCGCCGCCUUUGCCUCCCUUUCCAGCCCAGUACGACGCAUAUGCCAUGCCACCGCCGCAGCCUAUCUUCACACACUCUCCGCUGCAGACGCCAGUGCGGCCAUCACUUGUAAAUAAUCCACCUUCACCAAUUAGAUCGACCCUAUCGCCGACGCUGCCAUUCAGACGACCAGACUUUGGCGCGCGGCAGCAUCUAGCGCUUCAGCCCGAAGAUCUGCAGUUGCUCAACGGACCUCCCGUCGUGCCUCUACCCUUGUCGUCUCAUUCAACGCCAGAGGAGUUGGUGUUUGCUUCACCGCCUCUCAGCGCGACUCACGAAUUGAGCAAAAGCCUCCGAGCGAUCAGUCUUGCAGCGGCGAGCACUCUAGAGCAAGGCCCGAGCUGUCAGUCGUGGUCAAGUAAUCACUUGCCAGUGCCCGUCGGAAUGACAAGCGCCCGCGCUGCACCUUCUCUCAUGACUGCGGGAUCAUACUAUGCUGCGCAAGAGGCAGCUCUGGCUUCGAUCGAUCAGCCAAUCACGCCCGUCAAGCGAGUGACCAUCUUCGAUCCCGUCGGUGUUCAAUCAGUACCACUCAUGAAGCGCGCUUCGACAUCAGCAGCAGCGACCUACACUGCACCGCGUCGGCCGAGUCUAGACCGAGCUUCGACGACGAGUGCCGUUGCCGCCCAGUAUAGGCAACCUCCAUCGACGCCUACGCGACCUAGCGCGAGACGGAAAGUGACGGCACCGCUGUCGGGCGCACGCAAGACUUUUGCGAGAAAGAUGCAAGCCAAAGCGACAGAAUCGUCAGCUGCAGCUGAGGACAUGUUCAUCAACUUUACCGCGAAUGACUCUGCCAAACUGCUCUCGGGCGUUGCUCCGUCCGGUUCGAGCAAGCGAAGGCGGCUUGAAGCUGAAGACGGGUCACUCAAGAGUCCAACGACGCCGACAAGCCCGCUCAAAAGUCCUUUGUCUGCGCGAAGCAUGUCAAGUAAUUCAUCCGGCGUCUCGGGUACGAGCACAGCAGUGACGAGCGAGACUACGAGUCCGCCGAUCAAGGACGAGAUGCAGAUUGCUCCAGAGCAGUGA